CAAGCUACUAGAGAGGGGGCGCUGGUCCGACGAACGACAGCCAUCUUGGAAAAAGUGUAUCUGGUGAAAGACCCCAAAAUAUUGUGCGGGACUCGGAGAAUAUCGUUAGGAAUUUAUCGGUUGUCAUCUGUCGCCUCAUCUCUGUUCUAUCGUUAGUUUUUGUUGUACAUCAUCAUAUUCCAAUGGCCGAAACAGAUAAACUCAACAUUGACAGCAUCAUAGCCCGACUUUUGGAAGUUCGCGGUUCCAGACCCGGGAAAAAUGUCCAGUUAACAGAGAAUGAGAUCAGAGGCCUGUGCUUGAAGUCUAGGGAGAUUUUCCUCUCGCAGCCCAUCCUGCUGGAGCUGGAGGCACCACUCAAGAUUUGUGGAGACAUCCACGGUCAGUACUAUGACUUGCUGCGUCUCUUCGAGUAUGGAGGUUUCCCACCAGAAUCCAACUACCUCUUCCUGGGUGACUACGUCGAUCGAGGGAAGCAGUCCCUCGAAACCAUCUGUCUGUUGCUGGCCUACAAGAUCAAGUACCCAGAGAAUUUCUUCCUGUUGAGAGGCAACCACGAAUGCGCCUCCAUCAACCGCAUCUACGGAUUCUACGACGAAUGCAAACGGCGCUACAACAUCAAGCUAUGGAAGACCUUUACAGAUUGUUUCAACUGCCUACCCGUGGCGGCCAUUGUUGACGAGAAAAUCUUUUGCUGUCACGGCGGUCUCAGCCCCGAUCUCCAGAGCAUGGAACAAAUUCGCCGGAUCAUGAGGCCCACAGAUGUUCCCGAUCAGGGUCUUCUCUGCGACCUUUUGUGGUCUGAUCCCGACAAGGACACGAUGGGCUGGGGCGAGAAUGACCGAGGAGUCAGCUUUACUUUUGGUGCGGAAGUUGUUGCUAAAUUCCUUCACAAACACGACAUGGAUCUGAUCUGCAGAGCCCAUCAGGUUGUUGAAGACGGAUAUGAAUUUUUCGCAAAGCGUCAGCUCGUGACGCUCUUUUCGGCGCCCAACUACUGUGGCGAAUUCGACAAUGCUGGAGCGAUGAUGUCGGUCGAUGAGACGCUCAUGUGCUCUUUCCAGAUCCUCAAGCCGGCAGACAAGAAGAAAUUUCCCUACGGAGGCUUGAACACCGGCCGACCCAUGACACCCCCACGAGGUGGACCGCAGGCCAAACAAAAUAAAGGAAAAAAUAAAUAAUUCUCUCCUACCCGCACCGCUGCGUCCGUCGGUCGGGCAAAGUUUGACUAGCGUUUAGGAACAAAAAAAAAAGAGAAAAGAGGGAUGCAUUGGAUGUUUCGCCGACGAAUUGUUAUCAUGAACCUCCAAAUUACACACAAAAGAAAACAAAAAAUUACCCAAGUUAUUUUAAGCGUUGCAAUCCGAUGGCUUUCGUGCGAAUGCUGUAUCGAAAUAAA